AAAACUCCGAAACAGUUUUUUAACGACCAAGCCGCCCGCGUUGUCCAGUUUUUUUUACAAAAGAAAAGAGAAUGGAUACCCCAAAAAGGACCCCCUUGCGCAAUAAACACCUCGAGAAGGUCUUUGGGAAUAUCCUUGGCACCCCACUGAAGAUUCCACCUUCGCCACAGCUGCAGAAACUCGGAUUUGGCACAGGAAUCGAGGUCUGUCGGGUGAAUAGGACCCCCAAUAAGGAUGUGGCGAAAUCUCCGUGGGCUAUAAAACGUCUCAAUCGUUGUGCCAUGACGGGAGACAUUGAGAGGAGUGAGGUUUAUUCAGAGAGAUUGGACAAGGAAGCGAGUUUGUUGCGGAAGCUCAAACACCCGAAUAUUGUGGGCUUCAGGGCGUACAAGAAGGAUCAGGAGGGACGCAGUGUGCUCGCCUUGGAGGUGUGUGACCUCUCCCUGGCAGAUAUUCUCGAGAAGCGCCUGGAUGAGGAAGCAGGGCCCCUGCCAGUGAUGAAGAUCCACAGAUUCUGCCUCGAUAUUGCCUCAGCUCUGGACUACCUUCACAGGGAGGUGAAGAUUCUCCAUGGGGACAUGAAGUCCGGCAAUGUCCUGGUCAAGGGGGAUUUUGAAAUUUGCAAAUUGUGCGAUUUUGGCGUAUCCCUGAAGCUCAACGCUUCCGGAUAUGUGGAUGAUGUGGAAAAGUACGUGGGAACUGACCUUUGGGCAGCUCCUGAAGUAAUUGACGAGGCGUGCGAGCUAAUUGGGAGUCCCUGUGACAUCUUCAGCUACGGACUGGUCAUUUAUGAGACUCUAGUGCUGAUGCCACCACAUCUCUUUGGCCUUGGGGACGAUGGAGAUCUCAGCUUUUCAGAGCUGGAUGAACGUGUUGGGACACGGCCACCACUUCCGGAAACUCUGGAUCUCCCGGAAGAGUACAACAUCUACGUGGGGCUCUUCUAUGCAUGCACCUACGAACUUCCGGAAGAUCGCCCAACAGGCCAGGGAAUCAUGAAAAUGCUCACAUAGUUUUAUUUACAACAAUAAAAAUUUUCCGGGGUUUUUCGUCGGUUAAAUGGGGGUUUCUCACCCAGAAAAACUCACGUUUUCCAGAGCUUUCGGCUCCGUUCAGAGCCUUCUUCAGUGGCUACAGAGGGAAGGAAUUUAUUUACAACAUUUUUUUUAUUCUUUUAUCAAAAAUAAAAUUAUUUCCGGGA